AUGGUGAACACCAAUGCUGCUGCACAGGGAGCUGAUGCAGAACCGAUGAUACCGAAACCAAAGUCUCAGCUCAACUCGGAUGAGAAAAAAAGAGCUAACCUGGAUAAUGUGGCACGAGACAUUCUUUACAAAUCACUGGACUACUCUCUCUUCCCAAGAGUUCGCAAAUGUAAAACAGCCAUGGAAAUAUGGAACGUUCUUAUGAACUUGGGAGAAGGAGAUGAGCAAGAAAAGGACAACAAACUCACUGUUGCCAUGAAGAAGUUUGAAGACUUCAAGAUGAUGCCCAACGAAGCUAUCACCGACAUGGAGCUAAGAUUCACGAAGCUUCUGGGUGACCUGUCAGAUCCUGGAAAAGAGCUCACUGAAAAGGAAAAGAAUUUAACGAUUCUUCGAGGUUUCCCGAAAUCAUGGGACAUGAAAGUUACCGCAAUGAGAGAUCAUCGCGACAUGAAAACCACAAGCACAAGCAAAAUCUUCAUCGAUCUGAAAGCUUAUGAGUUCGAGCACAAACCAAAAGAGUGA